GAGGGAGAAAGGAAUAAAAUGCGAAACAGCCUUGAGUUUUCUUUAUCCAUUCAUUUCUCCAGCAGCAGCCAGAUUUCGUAGUAGAGUGAAAUUGGGACUUGACUUUGGUUGUUGACGGAAAGAAAGUGGUGCUGGACCGAGUUUUCGCUAAUUGGGUGGUGGCGGAGGUAGCAGCGAGGUCUGGGUCGGAAUGACAAGGAGCUGAUAAAUACGAAAUUGUUAUACUACUCCUCCGAAUAAAUUACUCGCUGCUUUUUUGCAGUUUGUUGUUGCAAAAGCCAAGAUCUUGGAGACCAUUAAUCUGAAGAAAGAACAAGGUGACCCGAAGGGGGAGAGGCCUUCGCAGCAGCCAUGUCCAACUCUGGUGGCGCUGGAGAUAGCACUUCGGGAGCAGGGGGCAUAACCAAUCGAGUCAGUUUGGGGUCCAAUUCGUCCUCUUCCAAUGUGACAGCAGCCUUAAUGGAAGGGGUCCUCAGCAAGUGGACAAAUGUUAUGAAGGGUUGGCAAUUCAGAUGGUUUGUUCUGGACGAGAACACAGGACUCCUCUCUUAUUACACGACAAAGGAAAAAAUGCGCCGAGGAGUUCGCCGCGGCUGCAUAAGACUGCAGGGAGCUGUGCUUGGAAUUGACGAUGAAGAAGAUUCUAAUUUUACAAUAACUGUGGAUGCCAAAGUGUUUCAUCUGCAGGCAAAAGAUGCUGAGGAGAGAGAAAUUUGGGUCCGGGCUUUGGAAGAAACUAUCCUAAAACACACGAGAUUGCGUCCACUAGCAUACUUUCCACAUGUUUUCUCAGAGGCAAACGUUGGAGUGGAUGAACCACUACACCGGUUUGAACUUCGAUUAGCACAAGCGGAUUCGUACCUCGCACUUUUAAUACAACAAGUAGCAGCAAUGGAGUCUAAACCUGAGCUAGCUGAAGUAGUGGGGAAAGCCAACGAAUUUCUUGAGGCUGUAAAACACAGCAUUGUCUUGUUGCAAAUUGCAAAGAACACUGCCUUUCCGGUUGCAACUCUUGCGUCACCUGUAAUCCUUCAUUAUUCAGAUCCUGAAAUACAGACGGGGAUUGAGUACGGAGCUGAAUGCACGGAAUUGGCAAUCAACUCUAACAAAUCGUCCAAAGUUCCGCCGAUUCGGGUUGUAAAGUCAAUGUCGUCAUCCAUGAUUGGGCAAUCACCUAUAUCACCAAAUGAAAAAAGUCCAGUCUUUAUUUCAUAUUCAAGUUCGGACGACGAGCAGGACUUUUUUGAUGCUAAUGAAGAAUUCGAGUCUGCAGAAGAGAGUGAAACACCUACUAAGGAUAACAUCGCAAAUCUAACGAGUGAGAAAUUAUCUCUGGAAGACAAGACAUUAUCAUCAUCGCCAAUUAAUAGCGUAAGUUCUCGAGCAGACUCUAGGACAAGAACUGCUCUUGAACCUGGACUCGAUUGGGAUUCCUUGUAUGACGAAGAUGUACCUGAAGAUGAUUUAGGAUCUGUAGAAGGUCAUGGCUCUGUCUUGUCUCAUUUGCUCUCUCAAGUUAAAAUUGGGAUGGACUUGACGAAAGUUGUUCUGCCCACCUUCAUACUGGAAAGAAGAUCGCUCCUUGAAAUGUAUGCAGAUUUUUUUGCUCACCCAGACAUGUUUGUAGGUAUCCCUGAUGCUCCCACACCUAGGGACCGAAUAGUUUCAGUUUUAAGAUGGUAUCUCGGAGCUUUUCACGCAGGUCGUCGCUCUGAAGUUGCCAAAAAGCCAUACAAUCCUAUACUGGGAGAAACUUUUCAAUGCUAUUGGCAUUUAAAAGGAUACGAUCAGUCCUUAAUGGCGAAUAAAGUUUCUCAAGCAAAAGCUCUAUGUGCUGACAAUGAUCCAAAAUUAACAAGUGGAGCAUCAUCAUUUGUUGGAGCUGAUGGAACCACACUUUUCCCAUGGGUAGAAGAUCAAAAUGCACUGGUAUUCUUUGGUGAACAAGUGUCUCAUCAUCCUCCAAUUUCUGCCUUUUAUGCUGAGCAUCCUCAAAAGAAAAUAUCUCUAAACGCACAUAUUUGGACAAAGUCAAAAUUUCUAGGACUAUCGAUCGGUGUACAAAAUAUUGGACAUGCGACCUUGACUUUACACAAUGGGCCACGAGAAGAUUAUGUUCUUGGUUUCCCAAAUGGCUAUGCUCGUUCCAUCUUAACGGUUCCUUGGGUGGAGCUUGGGGGUCCUGUUACUAUUUCUUGUACCCAAACAGGAUACAAUGCAAGAGUCGAGUUUAUGACAAAACCUUUCUUUAGCGGAGAUAAAAAUAAGAUAAAUGCUCAAGUUUUUGGACCUGAGGAUAAAAAGAAACCUUUUCUUGUUGUUGAUGGCGAAUGGAACGGAGUAAUGGUUGGAAAAUGGGCUGAUGGUAGAACCGAACGGUUUGUGGAUGUUCUAAGCUUGAAAAUAAACCAGAAGCAGACAAGACCGAUAGCUCAACAAGAAACUUAUGAGUCAAGGCGCAUGUGGAAAGAUGUCACGAGAGGGUUAAAAUUUCGUGAAAUCGACAACGCCACAAACGCUAAAUUUUUCCUGGAAGAGAGACAGCGUCAAGAAGCCCGUGAGAGGAGUGCCAGAAGUGAAACAUGGAAACCUCGAAUGUUCAUUCCUGCAGGCGAUACAUGGAUCUUUUCUGAGCCAUUGGAACAGAGAUUGAAACUUAUGCAAUCCAAAAGCAUACAAAAGCCUUCAGAAUACUGUAGAUAUGGGGAAUAGCGAUGUAAUCUCUAGUCUGGACUUAUGUUAAUCGACAUUGUUACGUCCACGCUCUCAAUUAAGUAACUACCAAAUAAUAAUACUAACUGAAUAAUUCACUGAACUAACUAACAGUUUAAACUGAAAUCGUAAAGUUACGCGUUAAAUUGUUUUACUAUGUAUGUAGAUGCACGAUUAGACAAUCUGUUCAGGUAUUGUGGCUUUCGAAAUUCGAAUCGUAUUGACUUAAGUCAGAUAGACUACUACGUAUAAGAUUUAUCUAUUUGUGACUAAAAGAUGUAUCUAAAAAAACAAAUUUACUGAUGCUUAUUGCAUGCACUGAUAAUAACUGUUACUGAACUAUCAUGUAAUGUCCGAUUACCGAGUUUAUUUGUAACUUCUCACUCAUUAUAUUACACGCAAUUACAGAUGUGCCACUCAUUUACUGGCAGAAAUGUUGGGAAUAAUUAUAGCAUAAUUAUUUUAUUGCGAAUUUGUGGUAUAGGUGAUACAGAUGCCUUAGAAAAACGUGUGGAAAAUUAUAAUAAUUAUAAAUUCGUGAGUCUGUGACUGGCACUCUAUAUCUUCAUUUAUUUACCCGAAUCAGCACCAGAAAGACAUUAUGUAUUUAAUGAUUGCAGGUAUUACGAGAGUUAUAAUAAAUAAAUAAGUAGUGGUAAGUUAUAUAAAAAAAUCUUUUAUUGUUAUCAUGUUUUGGGUUAACCACGUUGAAUAAAGCCCGUAUCGUGAAUUUUGGUUGACAAUCGUGGUCAGCAUUACAAA